CUCGUUUUCUCGCAGUCGUAGAAUCGUCCGUCGUCAUGCGCGUCGUUGCUGCCCUCGCCUGUCUCGCCGUAGCGGCCUUUGCCAAAGAAGACUUGGCCGCCGAUGCCAAGCUCCGCGUGGGCGUGAAAUUCCGACCGGAAUCGUGCUCCCGCAAGAGCGAAAGCGGCGACAAGUUGUCCAUGCACUACACGGGAACUUUGCGCAAGGACGGAAGCAAGUUCGACUCGAGCGUGGACCGCAACUCGCCGUUUGAAUUCACGUUGGGCUCUGGUCAAGUGAUCCGAGGAUGGGACCAGGGACUCCUGGGCAUGUGCAUUGGUGAAAAGCGCCGCUUGACCAUUCCGUCCGGCCUUGGCUACGGCGACCGCGGGUCCCCUCCCAAGAUUCCCGGCGGUGCGACCUUGGUCUUCGACGUCGAGUUGCUCGAUAUCAAGAACGCCCCCAAGACCGAACUUUAAUCGUGUUUCUUAAGAACUUCAAAAUCCUUCUGUAUCCGAA